CUCACCAGGGACGAAUCCAAUUCAUCACCAUGUGUAAACACAUCCUCAACGCCCAAGUCUCCAUCCGGUCACCAUGCUGCCGAAAAUGGUUCGACUGCGCUGAAUGCCACGCCGAGCAGGAAAGCCACCCCCUCCUACAAAGCUUCGAAAUGACCUUUGUCUGCAAGAAGUGCAAAAAGGCCUUCCGCAAGGACGCCCAGGAGUUCGACGAGAGCGACGAGUACUGCCCGCACUGCGACAACCACUUCGUCCUCGAGGCAAAGACCCCCAAGGCCGCCCUGACCAUCGAGGGUGAGGAUGUGCGGAUGAACAACAAGCUGCUCAAGGAUGAGAGAGUCCGACAGGACGGCCGGAGGACCAUCUUCGACCCUACGCCAGAUGCCGACAAGCUUGGCUAAGCAGUUCGAGGGGAGGGCAUGGGCUGUGUACAUACGUUUAUACAGUCGUGUUUUGGAAAGAACAUGUUACGGCGUUGCACGGCAUCACAUUAAUUGGAGUUCAUUUUUCGUUUU